AUGCCCCACCUGACCCGUGUUCCUGGCACGCUCUCUACUGGGGAUGUGCUUCGGUGGCUGGCUGCAAACUCCACCACGAGGCUUCACAUAACUGCUCAAUACUGGCAGCUUCUACCUUCCCCCAACGAUCCUCGGUCUGGGGACUAUGGUUACACUCAACAGCAGAUGCAUGAGUUUGGUGCCAAUCAAGGUGUUUCUCUUUUUCAAGCAUUAGAUGCUGCUGCUGACAGGAAUGUUAGCAUCAGGUUACUGUCCCACUCUGGAGUAUAUCCAACUUUUACACUAGAACCAUCCAAACUUGCUUUCGGAAGGUCAAAUGUUGAGAAUGUGACAUUGCUGCUAGAGGAUUGGUGGGGCUCCGGCAUUGUCCAUGCCAAAGUUUGGAUAUCUGAUAGUAGGGAUGUGUAUAUUGGAUCUGCAAACAAUGACUGGAAAUCUCUCACACAGGUCAAGGAACUCGGAAUUUAUUUUACUCAUUGUCCUAAAAUAGCUAAAAAGGUUGAGGUCUACUUUGACAAUUUAUGGACACUUGCAUCUCUCAAUUCUUCAGCUUACACAAAAACAGUGUUUGAUCAAGAGUGGCAAGUUGAGAGGAAGUUUCCUUGCUGGUCGCAUUUCAUUGAUCAUAAAGAGAGGUGCAAGUCACCUCUUCCUCGAUAUCUGGAGACUCCUCAUGUUGCAGGAUAUCCUAUUAUGUCUGACCCUUUUAUGUUUGUGGUUUCAUUUCAAACCCCUGGGAAUAACUAUUCAACCAAGCUUUCCCAAGUCAGCUAUCUAUCAUUUGCACCCCCAGAGCUAUUAUUUGGAAAAUAUCAAGCGGAUGAGCAGGCAUGGAUUGAUACAAUCAAGUCUGUUGGAGAUAAGCAGACAGUUAGAAUAAGUACAAUGGACUGGCUAGGUCAGUCAGAAUUUACGGACCAAACAAUUUACUGGUCAUCCUUAUCCUCUGCAAUAUCACAGGUGGUGUUUUCCAAGAAUGCAACAGUACAGAUAUUGGUGGCAUAUUGGGCACACUCCAUCAGUAACACAGAUAUGUACCUGAAGUCUCUCCACUACACUAACAAUCUCUGCUCUUCCUCGAAGUACAACAAAUGCUCUGGGAAAGUCGAGAUAAAAUAUUACGUGGUUCCAGGUUUCAACAUGACAGGACCUGCCAUUCACGGUGGAACUAGAACAGGAAACAAAUACCCUGAUUUUACAAGAGUAAAUCAUGGAAAAUAUGCAGUUAGUGAUGUAAGGGCACACAUUGGGACUAGCAAUCUUGUAUGGGACUACUUCUACACAACAGCAGGUGUCAGCUUUGGGACAUACAGCACUGCCAUCAUCUCUAAACUUACGGAAAUUUUUAAUGCUGAUUGGAACUCAGCCUAUGCUGUUCCAUUUGAAGAUCAGGAGAAAGGUUAA